AUGUCCACCAAACCCACCACCUCGACCCGAAAACCCCACAUCCUUAUUUCGGGCGCCAGCAUCGCCGGUCCAGUUCUCGCUUACUGGCUCAACCGCGCCUCCAUAACCACCACCAUUAUCGAACGAUCUCCUUCUCUUCGUUCCGCCGGCCAAGGAAUUGAUAUUCGGGGCCCCGCUCGUACAGUCAUAUCACGUAUGGGUCUCGAAUCCACUAUUCGCUCCAAAGUGACCCAUGAAAUUGGCCUUCAAUUUGUUGACAAAAACGGUACUCCCAAAGCAACUUUUCCCGUAGAGGAAAAUGGAAAUUCCUUUACGAGUGAUAUCGAGAUCCUUCGGGGAGAUUUGGCCGAGAUUUUCUAUAAUAGUACAAAGGAAACGUGUGAGUAUAUUUGGGACGAUCAUGUUACGAAACUUGAAGAGAUAGAAGAGGGAGUCCUUGUUACUUUUGCCAAAGGUGAACAGAGAAUUUUCGAUUUGGUUGUGGGAGCAGAUGGAAUGCGUUCGAAGACUAGACGUCUUGCUAUCCCCCUUCCAAACGAUGGUUUGAAAUCAUUGUAUCAAUAUACAACAUAUUUCACCAUCCCCAAACAACCCCAUGAUGAUGCAUGGGGUAAGUGGUAUAAUUCUUCUCGUGGACGUUUGAUAUUAAUGCGGCCGGAUAAUAUACAUGAGAGUAGUACCACACGGGUAUAUCUCAGUAUUACGGAUCCCAACAAAACAUGCAAGUUAGUCAAAUAUCUGGAAAUGACACCCGAAGAACAAAAACGUGCGUGGAGAGAAGAAAUGUCUGAUAUGGGAUGGGAGAUUGAGAGAGUUUUGGAUGGAAUGGAUAAAGCACCGGAUUACUAUAUGCAAGAAAUCGCGCAAGUGAAUCCUCCUCAGUUUUACAAAGGGAAAGUUGCCCUAGUGGGAGAUGCGGGAUAUUGUCCCUCUCCUAUUUCAGGAAUGGGCACCAGUUCGGCUAUUCUAGGUGCGUAUUAUCUUGCGGGAGAACUAGGAGCUUGCAAGGGAGAUUGGGAAGAAGGAUUGAGAAAAUAUGAAGAGAAGAUGAGACCAUUUGUGGAAGGGGUACAGAAACUUCCUCCAGGGGCUCCCGGGAUAUUGAAUCCUCAGACGGAGUGGGGAAUUGCGAUUUUGUAUGGAGCUCUGGGUUUUGUGUCUUGGACGGGGGUGGCGGGGUGGUUGGGAGGUAUCUUUUUAAAGGGAGAUGAAAGUUUGGUAGAGUAUGAGUGGAGUGAUGGUGGAGGGGAAAUUUCUUAG